CGAUGAACAUAUCAUCAGAUUGGUCAAACUUGGGGGAGAAGAGAAUGAGAAAAAAACAGAGACUUUUCUGUUACUCCACGUAAAUUAAGGAACAUGACUAUGAUUCAAUCUCAUGUAACUAACCCCCCUCACAAGUCACCACAUGAAUUUAUACAUACCAAACUCAAAUCACACUACAAAUCCAUCACACUUUUCGAGAAACAACAAUGGCAUCCGACGAAGAAUUAGUUCACAACUUCCCUCCUUACUUUCAGGUCCUCAAAAACGGCGCCGUCAAGAGGUUCUUUAACGACUCUUUUUUUCCGACCACCGGCGAUGAGCCCAACAGCGACGGCGUUUUGACCCGGGAUGUUGUGGUCUCGACGGAGCCUAAAGUGGGUGCGAGGCUUUUCUUGCCGAAGAUCACUGACCCGACCCGGAAGCUGCCGCUCCUGGUUUAUAUCCAUGGAGGUGGGUUUUCGAUCGGGUCGGCUUUUUUUAAGCUGUUUACGGAUUAUGUGAGUUCCCUCGUUGCGCUUUCUGGGGUUGUGGCGGUGUCGGUGGAGUAUCGGUUGGCGCCGGAGAAUCCGAUUCCGGCGUGUUAUGAGGAUACUUGGGAGGUUUUGAAGUGGGUUGGUGGUCACGGGUCGGGUCAAGGGUCCGACCCGUGGUUGAACAAGUACGCGGAUUUCGGGCGGGUGUUUUUGGCGGGGGAUAGUGCGGGUGCGAAUAUUGCACACAACAUGGCUGUUCGGGUCGGGUCGGAGGAUCCGGGGGUGAAGAUCUCGGGUAUGGUUUUGGUGCACCCGUUUUUCGGGAAUGAUGAGGUGAGUCCAAUGUGGAAGGUGAUAUGUCCGGAUACAAGUGGGCCUGAUGACCCGAGGUAUAACCCGGCUGCAAAUUCGGGUUUGAUGGGGAAGAUUGGGUGUGGGAAGGUGUUAGUUUGUAUCGCCGGGAAUGAUGAGUUGAAGAGUAGGGGAUUGAGUUAUUACAAGGCGUUGAAGAAAAGUGAGUGGAGCGGCGAGACGGAGAUUUUUGAGACCGAAGGUGAGGAGCAUGUGUUUCAUGUUUUUAAUCCGGCUUGUGAGAAAGCUGCUGUGUUGCGAGAGAAAAUUGCUCGUUAUUUCAACAAUUGACUGGAAUCAAGUAGGCUGUCGGGGAUGAAUUAGUAGAUGACAAUGAUCAAUAAAAUGAGAAGAUCGUGAGACUUAGGUUUAUUUUAUUUUGUGUAGGUUAUCUUUGUUUAAUAAAUCAUGUGUUAUUUACUUCAAAAAUGAAACGUAGUUGAGGUUUAGAGUGAAAUUUUUUCGAAUGUACCUUGAAAUAUGUAUCAGAGAAUUUGAAUCUUUAGGCCUUGAUAAUAAUGGAUAUUGGCUGAUGAAAUUUGAGUUCGAAGUUCA